AUGGACAAAGUCGCAGUGUCACAAUGCCCAUUGCUGAGCGAAUACUUUCCGGAAGUUCCCCUUGAUCUUCUUCAACCAAUCCUUCUGCGCAAGUCCAAGGCCUUUCAACGUUUGGGAGAAAUAUAUCGGUACCUGCGACAACGCCACGAAUCUGUGGCAGACGGGAACAGCGUAUUUGAUACCCAGAUUACCGACGACAGUUUCGCUGUGCGAUACUACAAUUCUCCUGAUGGCGGUGGAUAUCAAGAUCUCAAAGCGCGGAUCAAAUGUGAUGCCAACAAGGAGCGGAAGAGGGUGAUCCAACAGAUGGAGUCCAACCAUGUUAGACGCUCAAAUAUUAUCACCGAAGCUGAUGGGCUAGGGCACACCAAGGUCAAGAAGAUGAUAGGUCGAGGUCGCAAUCGGCGGGAAGAGUACGUGCAUGAUACUUAUGCCUGUCGCAAAUGCCAGGCGGAAUCGGAGGUUCGCACCAUGAAAACGGAAUUUCAUGAAUGGCCCCUCCCUCCCGAAAACUCUGUGUCGGAAAAGCUUGUACUGUUCGAGAUGGCAUCGCCCGAAGUAUUCGAACACUGGCGAUCAACGACGUAUUUCAUUCUUCAUGAUGUCUGCAUCCCACUUUCUUCUCGUAAAAACGAACAUGCUCGUCCUCUUCAGGGCUACAUCCAAGAAGAAGAUGGUCCCGGCAAAGUAACGCUGGCUUCUUUGGCGCAACCCCUGGCUAAGAGCAAUCCGUACCAUGCUUUACCAUAUUCAGAGUCUGAUGUCUGCCUACCUAAUGCAUUGACUUAUCGUCUUUACGAUGCAGCUGGGGAUGCUUGGAUUGAUGAUCCCUUCGAGAGUUGCGAUAUCCGGGAUCUCUGCACUCUUCGAAUCACUCUGGACGGCGUUUACGAUGGUCUAACAUACGCAAUCCGGAAUAUGACUCAUACUUCAAACGAGGUCAUCGCAAACCAAUCAGAUUGCCCGCAAGGGCUAACCUUGCACGAGUACGAGGCAUUCGGUAGUUAA